AACGGCGCGUUUAAACUUCAAAUCGUUCAUAUCGAAGAAAAUUAGAAGUAGCGGUUGCCAGCUGUGCAACCACUUUGCUUUCUUCUCCCUUUUUGUUGUUCUUCUUUUUCUUCCACUUUCACUCCUAUUUGCUCACUUCAUCUUGUUUCUUAGGGUUUCCACACUUCCACUUUCUUCCUUUCGCUCUUCGCACUCACAGGAUCAUUCUAAACAUCACAGUUUCUCCAUAAACCAAUUAUAAAAGAGAGUUUCAUUUCGAUAACUCACGAAAUCGAAACUUUUGGAUUUUCAUGGUGAGUCUCGUGUUGCCAGUGGAAUUUAAUAUUAGUGUCCGAUAGACUUGUCAAAUGCUGAUUUUGUGUGUGUAAACCAGUGGACUUCAGCAUGAAACCGUGACAUGUUUUAGUAAUAUGUAUCGAGUUUGUAAAUAGUGACUUAAUUGGUUACUAAAAUAGGUUAAUUUGAAGCUUCUGUCCAAGGUUAGGUUUCUUGUGGUAUUCUGAAAAAUAGCUAAAACGGGGUCGCUUUGUUGUGUGGCUUCAAGGCCACAUGGAUCAAAUGCAGAUAGUAGGGACUGGUCCAUGGGUCCGCAUGAGCCCUACUGGCGAACUAACACAAGCUAUUCACCACCUCCACCGAGGUGGGAUUUCAAAUUCCAGUCUGAAGGGUUGCCUUAUAGUUUGAAUGAUGGUGUUCAACUCUAUGACGGGUCUUCUACAUCAUCAAAUGGUAAAGACAGUAGGACCUGGGUCAGAGGAAACCAUCUAUAUGAUCUUCACUAUUCUGUUUCAGAUGGCACUGGGAUUUUCCUUAGCAGUCCUUGUCCAUCUGAACUUCGUCACGGUCCUCAGUGGACGCCUCCAGCAAUACAGGAAAUAAGUUUUGACGAUUAUGAGCUUGUGACUAGGAAAGAUUUCGUUGUCUUCUCCUUUUGUCGCUGGGUACGAGAGCUGCUUCGACACCACCCAGGCGUGCUGCCGUCCAGCUUCAAACACCACCCAGUCGCGCCGCCUUCCGGCUACAAUAACCACCUAGAUCCUCAUCCUUCUUUAGGCAGGAUAUCUUUUGCACCUACUAAGGAGGGAACUUCCAAAAAUCUCAACAAUGGGAGCUCCAUUUCAACCCAAUCAGAAAGCAGCGAAUCCGAGUCUACUAAUUCGCAAUUGUCCUUUCAUAGGACUUUCUCCAAUCAUCGAUCAUUCGUCUCGAAACCCAUUUAUCCUUUGUCAUUUCCAGACCUAACAACUACUAGGGAUGCCUUUGAUCCUGCAUUUCCAGAUUUUACAGGGUUUGAUACAUCUAAUCCACUCAAAGACAGCCAGCGCUCAAGUAAUGCUAGCAGCAGUCAGGAUUCUGUAGAUGUUACCGAGUCAUUUGAAUUAGAAACACCUGCUCUUCCACAUACUCAUUCAGAAGGAUUUAGAUGUGGCUUGUGUGAAAGGUUUCUAUCGAACAGAUCACCUUGGAGUUCGCGCCGUAUUGUGAGAAGCAGAGACAUGCCAGCGACUGGGGUUCUUCCUUGUUGUCAUGUUUUUCAUGCUGAAUGUUUGGAGCAGACAACGCCAAAGACGAGGAAAAUUGAUCCACCUUGCCCUUUAUGUGUCAAAUUAGACGAGCAACAUUCCCCUGAUCAACGAAGUGUUUUAAGAUUGAGGAAUGGUUUUCCUAGGUUUAAAUCAGUUUGCGAGGAUGGACCGUCGAGAACUAGGAGCUGUUCACAGGCUGAUGAUUGUGUUGAAGGACCUCUGCAUGCUCCGCCGCACAAUACUAUGUUACUACUAAAUCGAAAUCACAUCAGAAGAAACCUUUCUUUGAGGGGUAAUUUAAGCAAGGCAUUUCCCGGAAAGGUGAGGAAAACCGAGACAUAUUCUUCGCAGCUGUUUAGUGGAAGCUCAGUCGAUCAGGAAGUUGGCUACAACUAAUGUCUGGAAUGUUGUAAGUUGUAACUUAUGGAUGAACAUUCUUUCCUUGAAGUUUAGAAGCUGACUGUCCCACGGUAGUUGAGCCAUAACUUGGGUUAUGGUUUUGUAUAUUGAUUUGUUGUACGAGUAUUAGAAGUCACACUUGAAACUUGAUCUUAUAUUUCCUAUUUUAUUCAUUUGAGUUUUGAUCUUUACCUUC